GCGAGCGACCGGUUCAACAUCAGCAGCCAGUUGGAGCACAUGCAGGCGAGAUACGUGGGCACGGGACAUGCUGACACCACCAAGUACGAGUGGGCGGUGAACAUCCACAGGGACAGCUACGCCUCCUACGUGGGACAUCACCCGCUGCUGGCCUUCUUUGCUGUGGCGGAGAAUGAGAGCAUCGGCCGCGAGCGAUACAACUUCAUGCAGGUGAUGAGAGGGAUGAUGUUUCUGGUGCUCUCACUUCACAGGUGCUGUGGUUGA